AGCUGAAUGAGGACUUGGAUCCUCGCAGUCACUAUUCCCGACAGCCACCAUCCGUCGCUCUACUCUCCCCUUCUCCUCACCACCAGGCCUCCUCUCACCUCAUCUGCUGCAGCCCUUCAUUCAUCUGGAACCCUGAGCAAAAAUCAGUCCUUUGUCCUCCCCAAAAAUAAGCCUUCAUUAUCAUGGACACCACACGGAACAUCCUCUCCAUCUCUGAGACACUCUAUCACCUCGUCAUCAUGAUGUUGACACUAGGCCAAGGUGUUCGGUCAAUGCCUGUUCCUACUGACAUCCCCAUGUGCACAGCCUCGGAACCUGCACAGUACAGGCUAACAUUCACUGGCAAGUGGUCUCAGGCAGCCUUCCCUAAACAGUAUCCUGUCUACCGUCCCCCUGCACAGUGGUCAAACGUUAUUGGGGUAACUCACAGCUCUGACUAUCACAUCUGGCAACGUAAUGAGUUUGCCAGCAAUGGAGUGAGGGAGUUUGCUGAAAAAGGAGAGGCCUGGACGCUCAUGAAGGAAGUUGAGGAGGCUGGCGAGCGCAUCCAAAGCGUUUAUGGGAUCUUCUCCACUCCAGCUGUUGUGGGAGGCACAGGCCAGAUGAACACUGAGCUUGAGGUCUUCGCCAGGCACUCCUAUCUGUCGUUUAUCGUCCGGAUCGUUCCAAGUCCGGACUGGUUUGUGGGCGUGGAUAGUGUUGACCUGUGUGACGGCGACCACUGGAAAGACAGUGUGUCGAUGGAUCUUUUCCCCUACGAUGCAGGAACUGACAGUGGGUUCACUUUCUCCUCCCCCAACUUUGAGACCAUUCCACAGGAUAAAAUCACACAGAUCACGUCGUCCUUCCCGAGCCACCCUGCCAACUCCUUCUUCUACCCGCGCCUAAAGCAUCUGCCACCCAUUGCCAAGGUAAUGCUGACCAAGAUAAAGAAGACCAAUCAGAUCAUCAGCCUGCCUGUGGAGCCCACCCAGUCCAACCAACUGCCAACAGGAAACGAGAUCGAAGACAAGCUCAUAAAUACCCCUCUGGACUGCGAGGUUUCUGUGUGGUCUCCUUGGGGCUUGUGCAAAGGCAAGUGUGGAGACUCAGGCGUGCAGCACCGCACACGCUACAUCCUAAUGCACCCAGCCAACAAUGGAGCAGCCUGCCCCCUGCUGGAGGAAGAGAGGAAGUGCUUUCCUGACAACUGCUUAUGACUAGGCCAGGAAAGGAGGGAGAAAAAAGAGAGGAAGGAGAGGAGGGAGAAAAAAGACAGGAAAGCCGGGAAAGGGAGGAAAGGACGAAGACAGAGAAACAGUAAAAGGUCUGUGGUGUAUUCACAUGAGUCAUAAAGAUUUGGAAUCAAACUCCCUUCUUUCCUCCCUGGCCAUGCUCUCUUAAUGACUAAUGUACAAACUGGCUGCCUGACUGUUAAAUUGGAAGAGACACACCACAAAAAAAGUCUCAUCCUCGGGUUGCAUUGAUGGAUCUGACAGUACUACAGAGGUGUAGUUUGGCUAAAACGGCUAUUAGACACCAAUUCAGUUUUGGCAGAUUAUCAAAACUGACCGUGGACAGGACAAUGAUAAACACAGCCAUUCACUGAGAACACAUCUCCACAUUAUAAUUGGGUUUAGUUUGAUACUUCUGAACGUCACAGACUUUUGUCUGCUGGUUGUGAAUUAUAACUCCCAGAUAAAAUAAAUUCAUAUAAAUAAUGAUACCUGAUAUUUAAGAUCUAAGAUCCUUACAUCCUGGAAAUACUCAACAACAACAACAAUAAUAAUAAUAAAAAAAUCAAAAUAAUAUCACUUUCCUUCAGCACAAGGGAAAACAAGAAGCCCAAAUAGUCCCACUGGCAGAAGUAUCACUGGCAGAAAAGUGAGUCAGACUUUGAAGUUAAUAUACAGUGCUAUAAACUACGCCACAUUUAAAACAUACUGUUGACAGACAAGAUGUGGUUGUUUUCCAGAAGACAAAGAAUAUAUUUAUUGACAGGAUUUUAACCUGUAGUGUACAGUAUAUCAAAUCUGAAAGUAAUAAUUUGUAUUCCUGUAUGUUAGUGGGUUAUGAGUUCAAUACAGAAAGUUUUUUUUAGUAAAAAAUACUAAAUUGUGAAAAAAAUGUAUGUUGUCUAUAUGGAAAAUAAAGACUAAAUACCUUUUUUGUGACCUCA